UCUGUACAAGGAGGCCAUGAUGGAGGAGCACCAGCCUCUUAUAUCACAAGCAGAAAAUUCCCUUAAGAAUUCUGAAGGAAACUUCAUGUUAUCACUAAAUUAUAAAGCAGAAGAUGAAGACAUCAUGCAGUGCUCUUCAGGAGAAAACCUUAAUGUACAUCCAGGACUUCACAGUACAGAUCUAUCAUAUAAUCCCCCUGUUCAUGAGGAAUCUUCAUCUAACCAAUCACAGUUUGCUACCACAAGUGCCAUUCUGAAAGGGGGUGAAAGGUUUCAAGAGAUCUCAAAUAGAUCAAGUCUUUCUACAGACAGAAGAAUUCGCACACGGGAGAAGCCGUUUUCAUGUCCACAAUGUGGGAAAUAUUUUGAAUAUAUAUCAGCACUUGUUCGACAUGAGAGAUGUCACAAAGUAAAAAAGCCAAAUUCAUGUGUAGAAUGUGGGAAAUGUUUUUCAUGUAAAUCACAUCUUGUUAGACAUGAAAAAAGUCACACAGGAGAGAAGCCGUAUUCAUGUUCAGAAUGUGGGAAAUUUUUUCAAGAUAAAUUCUAUCUUGUCAGACAUGAGAGAAUUCACACAGGAGAGAAGCCGUAUUCAUGUUCAGAAUGUGGGAAAUGUUUUAAUGCUAAAUCAAGUCUUGUUACACAUCAGAGAAUGCACACAGGGGAGAAGCCAUACUUCUGUUCAGAAUGUGGGAAAUAUUUUACAGAUAAUUCAUAUCUUGUUAAACAUAAAAGAAGUCACACAGGAGAGAAACCUUUUUCAUGUUCAGAAUGUGGGAAAUGUUUUACACUUAGACAAACUCUUGUUAAACAUGCGCUAUGUCACACAGGAGAGAAGCCGUAUUCAUGUUCAGAAUGUGGGAAAUGUUUUACACAAAAACCAAGUCUUGCUGCACAUCAGAGAAGUCACAGAGGAGAGAAACCUUUUUCAUGUUCAGAAUGUGGGAAACAUUUUACACAUAGACAAAAUCUUGUUAAACAUGCGCUACGUCACGCAGUAAAGAAGCCGUAUUCAUGUUCAGAAUGUGAGCAAUGUUUUACGCAAAAAUCAGAUCGUGAUAGUCAUGAGAGAAAUCACAGGAUACGAUCACAAUUCCAGAAUUUAGACUUUGAUUUUGAUUCCAAUUAAAGAAUGACGUUAUUCGAUAACAAAUAAAUUAACACAAAUAAAUGCCCACAGUAACGCCAUGUUGCCCAUUAUGUGAAGAGGUACUUGAUGAGGCACUUACUAUUAAUGUGAGGCACAAGGAAGUACAAAUUAAUAAAACCAAGUGCCUCACACUAAUAGAGUAACACAAUCAAAUACCUUCUCACAUAAUGGGCAACAGGAUUAAUAUGUGGAGGCACAUGAUGGAAUUAAUGUGAUGCACAUGGACGCCCAAAUUGAUAAAACCAUGUGCCUCACAUGGUAAGACCAUCAAGUGCGUCCUCAUGUAAUGGACAACACGAGAUUAAAAUGGUUAUGCAGCAAUAUAUAUUGAUGACCUAUCCUCAAUGAGCCCAAUCCAUACACUGUGGGUGCUGGAUAUAUAAUACAGUCGGAACCUUGCUACAAUGACGGGGAAUGGCAAUCGCACCGAACCCUGUCACUUAACCACUCAGGUGCCGCCUUCAACAGCGAUUGCUGCCUAUCUGAGGUAAGGCAGAGGGAUGCAGCUCUCUCUGCCUUCCGAUUGGAGACCCUGCUUCUAAAGCUUCCCAGGCUUGCCAUGGUAAGCUCCCUCUAGGCCAGUGAUGGCUAACCUGUGGCACUCCAACUGUGGUGAAACUAUGCUACCCUGCAUGCUUCAUUCAUUUCUAUGGAGUUCUGAGAACAGCCAAGCAAGUGUGCAUCUUGGGAGUCAUAGUUUUACCACAGCUGUAGUGCUGGAGGUUAGCCAUCACAGCUCCAGGCUGUUGGAUUUUAUCUGUUCGGUAUGACCAGAGCUACUUGCCCUGAGACACCAGAUUGUGCAGUAGGGGAAGCCUCCAAAGCCCUCGACUCAUCUGAAUGAAUUGGGAAGACCAUGACCUCCUUUGUGUGAGGGAUGAGAAUCCAUUUUGUAUGAGUAUUUCUUCCAUAUUGUGUAUAUGUGAAAAAUGUAUGAGCCAGCUGGAAGGAUGUAGGGAGUCUCUGUGUAUAUAGAUUUCCUAGCUGCAAGGCCAAGAUAGCAGCUCCCUCGCUUCCUUAUCGGAGUUUUGGGAUGUACUGCUGAAGAAUGUCAACUUUGAGAUAAGAUCCUGCAGAAACUUUUUAAUUAUUAGAAUUCUUUUAUUAUAGUGUAGAAGUAUUGCCUUUUAUGAAUAACGAAUCAAAUUAUUACUUUCGAUUUCCACACCCUUGGCGGUGUGCCAGAUUUGUCUAUGAUUAUCUGUAGUGUUAUAAAGAUGUAUAUGGUGUGUGGAAUUAAAGGAGAGUGAAUCUGA